CAGCCCCAGUUUGAGAAAGUGAAUGAUCGAGCAUGCGCAGUUGAGGUUUGUGACAAGGAAGCAGAGAACAAGAGAGGCUUGCGAGGAAGAUGUUUUAAAUUUACUUGGAAAAACUAGGAAACGUUGGAUCUAAAGUGGUUUUAGCUACUGCUAAUACAGUCUUCUGGGUGGUGUUGGGAACACAGUGGGGGCAUCAUGAACUCCGAGGCACAGGAAUCUGCAGGGGGCUCUGACCUUGAGUCUGACUUCAACUGGGAUGAAUAUCUGGAGGAGAAUGGAGUAUUGGCUGUUCCACAUCAUGCCUUCAAACAUGUGGACCGUAGCCUGCAGACAGGGCUGGCCCCAGGGAUGAUGCUGGAGGUGUCUGUGCGUUCAGAGCCUGACCAACCCUACUGGGUAGCUACCAUCAUCACUGCCUGUGGCCAACUGCUGCUGCUGCGCUAUGAGGGUUACCACGACGACCGACGAGCAGACUUCUGGUCUGACAUCAUGACCUCUGACCUACACCCUCUGGGGUGGGGUAGGCAGCAGGGGCGACCAAUGAGACCACCCAAUGGUGUCCGUGAGAAACAUGGUGACUGGGAGGCUGUCCUAGAGGAGGCUCUGGCUCAGGGAGGGAGUGCACCAGCACACCUGCUGCAGGGGACUCAGGCAGGGGGAGACCCAGCAGACUUGUUUCCCAUUGGGUGGUGUGUGGAGCUGCAGGACAGUAUGGACCCAGGGGUGGCCUGGGGGGCGCGGGUGGAGGACAACAUAGGGGGCCGUCUGUGUCUGCGCUACGCUGGGACAGAGGGGCUCACCCAGUCACUGGCCAGGCGAUGGGUAUUCUACCUGGACCCCCUCCUGCACCCACCUGGCUGGGCUGAGGAGAACAGCUGCUCUCUCACCCCACCUGCUGUACUUUGUGGUUUGCGCAGUGAAGCAGAGUGGGAGGAGGUGAGAAAGACCAUCAGACAGCCUAAAGAAGAAGCCUUCAAUCGAGACUUCUUUAAGGACAGGCCAGUCCUCUCUCCUCACUGCUUCUCUGAGGGGAUGAAGUUGGAGGCGGUGAACCCCGCUGCCCCCUUCAACAUCAGCCCAGCUACUGUCACCAAGGUGUUGAAUGAACAGUACUUCCUGGUGCAGAUGGACAGUCUACAGGGAGACAGUGAGGGGGCGGGGCCUGGCUCAUCAUUCCUCUGUCACCAUGGAAGCACUGAAAUCUUCCCUGUCCAGUGGAGCCUUAAAAAUGGGGUACCCCUCAGUCCCCCUCCAGGUUACCAGGGUCAGGACUUUGACUGGGCGUAUUACCUGAAACAGUGUGGCGCAGAGGGAGCACCAGAGAGCUGUUUUCCUGUGGAGCAGAGUGAUCAUGACUUUGUUGAGUUCAUGAGGCUGGAGGCGGUGAAUCCCAUCUCUCCUAAAUACAUCCACAUGGCAACUGUAACCAGGGUCAGAGGUCAGCACAUCUGGCUAGGUCUAGAAGGGUUGAAGCAGACUCUGCCUGACGUCAUCACGCAUGUGGACUCCCUGGACAUCUUUCCAGUCAGCUGGUGUGAGAGUAACGGCUACCCCCUCCAACACCCCUCCAAAGCUACAGCUCCGAGGAAGAGCUGUGUGGCCGUGGUGCAACCAGAGAAGCAAUCUCAACUUAAAGCCACGCCCCAUGCAGCGAGGCAGCAGGAUCUGAGCCAAUCAGAGAGCGCUCAGGGGAACGGAAAGUACAGCUGCCCAAAGAUCUUCUUCAACCACCUCUGUUUCUCUGGCCCCUACCUGAACAAGGGCCGCAUCGCAGAGCUGCCCCAGAGCAUCGGCCCCGGCAACUGUGUCCUGGUGCUGAAAGAGGUGUUGACGCUGCUGAUCAGCUCGGCCUACAAGCCCAGCCGGGUGCUGAGGGAGCUGCAGCAGGACCCAGAGCUGAGGCGGCACGGCCAGGGAGAGACUCUCAAGGCCAAGUACAAAGGGAAGAGUUACCGGGCCACUGUGGGGAUUUCCCGUACGGCUGACCAGGUGGCUGAGUUCUGCAGGAAGACAUGUGUGAGGCUGGAGUGCUGCCCCAACCUGAUCACACCUCACAUGGUGCUGGAACACUGCUCAGAGAACUGUUCCCUGCUCACCAAGACUAAAAACACUCAUUACUACGGUAAGAAGAAGACCAAGCGCAUUGGCCGUCCCCCUGGCGGUCACACUAACCUGGAUAUCAGUACCAAAGAGGGGAGCAGGAGGAAGAAGAGGAAGCCCCUGUCUGUCUGCAAAAAACGCCUGUUUACCUCUGUGGACAGCACUCCUGCUUGCUCCCCACUGGGUAGUGGAGAGGAGGAGGAGGACCUGGAUGAGGACUACUCUCUGAGUGAGGAGGAUUCGGGCUCAGAGCAGCAGGGUGACUCUGAGGUGUUAGAGAGGAAGUCCCAGCCCGCCUCUCCCCGUCCCACCCCUCCAGAACCUCGCCCUCGAGAAGGACCCCAAUUAACCUCCUACUCAGAUGAUGAUAACCAGCCCCCCUCACCUACGAGUGGGCGGAUGGAGGUGCAGGAGAAGCUGCAUCUGGACAGCAGUCCUCUGGGCUGGAGCAUCACUGACGUGACUCACUUCAUCAGAACCACUGACUGUUCCCCACUGGCGCGCAUAUUCAGGGACCAAGAGAUAGAUGGUCAGGCCCUGCUGUUGCUGAGCCUGCCCACAGUACAGGAGUGUAUGGGGCUGAAGCUGGGCCCUGCCAUCAAACUGUGUCACCUUAUAGAGAGGAUCAAACUGGCCUUUUACCAGCACUUUGCCAGCUGAUGAGUGUGUGUGUGUCUGUGCGCAUGCAUUAUGUACACUGUUGUUUUCAAUUAUGUGUAUAAACCCUGGAUGACUGAUAGGGGGUGUUGUAUUGAAGCCACCCCACAGCUAUCUCUGUACAUCUCCACUGUAAAAAAAGAUGUUGGAAGCUAUAGAAUCCUUUUUGACAUGUGGCCAAUACAUAGCAUCAGCAAUCCAGGGUUUAUAUACAUCAUGGGUUGUUAUGUACAUUAUAAUGUACAUUAUAAUGUACAUUAUAUGCUGCUCCAGGAUGGACACAGCUUAUAGCCUCAGCUGUUCACCCCUGGAAUAUGUGACUGAAUUCUGUAUCUUUCAGGGAUUUCAUGUUUGUUUAUCAUUUGUUUGUACACAGUGGAUGGGAAUUGAACAAAGUCAUGAUGGAAUUAUUUUCCAUCCAUUCAUCACUUAAGCCUUUGGUUGAAAUGAAAACCCAAGGUAAAGCAUAUAAACAAAAUAGAUCCGGAUACCUGUUUAGGUACUAGUUUACCUUUUAUUAAUGCAAAGCCCCCUCAUUGUGAAACCCUAGACAUGUUGAAUCUGUAUAAUGUGAAUAACAGCACCUUAUGUGGGGAGACAUAUUUGCACUAUCAUCACCAGGUUUUUACAUCGGUCUACAAGGUUAGGGUAAUCAAUUUCACUGACUUUUGGGGCCGGUUUUCCACACAGAUUAAGCCUGGUCCUGGACUAAAAAACAUUUUCAGUGGAGAUUCUCCAUUGAAAAUGCUUCUUAGUCCAGGAAUAGUCUUAAUCUCUGUCUGUGAAAUGAAUCUUAAAUGCAUCCUAUUAGAUUCUCAAUGGGUUAGGCUGUUUCUCAAUGGGUUAGGCGGUCUCUCAAUGGGUUAGGCUGUUUCUCAAUGGGUUAGGCUGUUCUUUACCUUUUUGUCUAUGAUGACUAUGAUCACUUUAGUUGUUUACUGUAGUAAGUCAGUCACUAGUUAUGGGUGUUCAUGGAGUGGUCGACAGGGUUAUAAAAUGGUCCUGACAAUUAUGGACGUCUCCGAUCAAAAAGUAUUUUAUUAUUGAGGACCUGUUUGGCCUCAUUUUACCUCUUGUAUAUUCCAGUUUGAUCUAAGUAUAAACUGAACCAUUUUUAAAGUAUUUGUAAAGAUUGAAUGUCAACUAUGUUUAAAAGUGUUUUGCAGAUUGCUUUGAGUAAAACAUUUAUUGAUUUAUAUAAAAUGUAGGAUAAUAUAAAAUAAUGUAUGAUAAUACUCAUGCUAUCUCUAAAAAAUGAACUGUACUCAAGGCAGAACUGUUCCAUGUUUGAGACAUUCCCUGUUAUUUAUACUCAUUAUCACCUUCCACAUCAGCUUGUCAUUUCAUUCAGGGCUGUCAUUGUAAGUCUUCAUGUUUCUAUUCCCGUUCACUUUAUCGAUUACUUGAUUUUACAUUCCUGUUGCUCAUGUUGAAAAUAAGUUCUGGUAGUUAAGUCAACUAAAGGGGUUUCUCAUGAAACAAUCUAAAAUGUAAAUGGUUUGUGGAUGUUUCCAAUGUGAAUAUGUUUCCAGAAUGAUUAUUGCUCUUAAAAGUAAUAAGAUGUGGUCUAUGACACUGCAUCGCAGUGCUAGCUGUGCCACCAGAGACUCUGGGUUCGAUAGUAACUACUAACAAUUGGAUACCACGAAAUUGGGGAGAAAGGGGGGUAAAAUUCAACAACAAAAAAAGUUAUAAUAGGAUGAUAAAAUUGCAGUUUCUUCUUA